GGGCUGUCAAGCUGUCCAAUCUCACAUCUCAUGUCAUGUCAUCCAUUGCUCACCGCUUUCCGUUGUCUUGAGGAUGGAGGUGGUCAGCUACGAGAAACACGCGAGGUGAACUCGGAAGGAUUCGAGAUAUCCAUUGAUUGGGGGCAACUGACACAUCAGAUUUCAGUGGCAGGAGGAGUUGGUGUUUGCUCGAGAGAGAGAGAGAGAGAGAGACCCGACGACAAUCAGGGAAUCCUUCAUGGCGUUCGUCCCACCACCAUCAUUAUGACCAGUCCGAGAAGCCCUUCGCACCCGGUCCCACGUGCUUAUCAGCAUGACCGGAAUGCUACACAAACCCAAAUGGAAUCACUUGCAGCCGGGCUGCAGAGUGUGCAGUGUGCAGUCGACGCAGCGAGAGAAUGCGGUGAAGACGGGGCGAUGCUACCCCAAGUCGUUGCGCCUGACAGACUCUCUCACAUCGUUCAUAUCGAGAGCCCAACGGCAAGCUUGAACCGAACCGCUGCUCUGGGUCCAAUGGCAUCAUCUGCCACAGUAGCACCUCGACUGACCGGCCACCGCAGCAUGCCGCAGUUAUCCACAAGAGUACGACAGUAAGAAACCCGUGGCAUCUUUGCCGCACACUGGCAUAGACAGGAUGGCCCUCGAGCCCUCCUCCGACAUGUUGUCGACGGAAGACGCGGGAUUCCAUGUUGGUCGCGGCAGCCCUUGACCAAAAGGGUAUAAUCCUCCCCCCGUCCACAUCACCACCACCACCACCGAGCUGUGACCCGUCACCCGGUGCCCAUCACCCGUCCGGACCAACAACAAACUGUGACGCCUUCGGAUAGCCCUAGCGCGAAAUACCCCAAUGGCCCUACACGGUGAUCCACCAAUCCGCCUCUGCUCCCUGGCAGCAUCCCUCCAUGUGCAUGCCAAAGGUGGGGUUGAGGUUGUCUUUUGUCUUCGGAUCAGAGCGAACGGCCAGGCCCACGUUCCCGGAUGCUUAUCUGAGAACAAUAGAGCUACUUGUCUAUAUGUCGCCAUCAUCGGGGCAUCACAACCCGACCGGUUUCACUAUUUUCCCAAGUGCUAUCUGUCUUUGGCCCCUUUGGUGAGGACGUUGUUUGCCCCUUGACAUGCAUUGUCCCCGCACAGGGACCUGUCCGGGGCUACGUAGUUGACAGAGCCAAGUAGAGAGAAAUAAUAAGAAAGCCUUAUCCUCCCAAUUCCUCCCCUUUUCACAUCAACCAUCCCCCACAUGCCAAGCCAUCAGACACUAGACGUUGACGCUAGGUAGGCAUCUGGACCGCAUAUAACUUGGGACUGGUUCUCCAGAGGCUUGCUUCCCGCCGUUACGAUCCACCUCUGUCAUUAUCUGGGACCCAAAAAGACGUUGACACCAUGGCGUCUGUAAAAGCGUUCCCCACCAUCAAAAGUAUCCGAUCGUUCGUGAUCGGCGGUGUGGGCUCAGGUGGCGAUUACCACAAUGUCAAAGGUGGUCAUUGGCUCAUAGACAGUCCAAUUUCUACUCCAUGCUCAAGAUGGGAGAAGUACCGGGCAUCACGGACGAGCUGGGGUAUCAAUGUUCUCGGCUCGUUCUUUGUCGAGAUUGAGGCCAGCGAUGGAACAGUUGGCUUUGCAACUGGCUUUGGUGGCCCUCCAGCGUGUUGGCUCGUCCAUCAGCACUUUGAGCGCUUCCUGAUCGGAGAAGACCCUCGCAACACAAACCACCUGUUUGAGCAAAUGUACCGAGCGUCCAUGUUCUAUGGCAGAAAAGGUCUCCCCGUUGCCGUAAUAUCCGUCAUUGACCUCGCCCUCUGGGACCUGCUCGGCAAGAUCCGCGGCGAGCCCGUCUACAAGCUCAUCGGCGGCAACACCAAAGACCGCAUCGACUUUUACUGCACCGGCCCAGACCCCCCAGCCGCCAAAAAAAUGGGUUUCUGGGGCGCCAAAGUGCCUCUCCCCUACUGCCCCGAAGAGGGCCACGUCGGCCUUAAGAAGAACGUCGAGUUCCUCCGCAAGCACCGCGAGUCAGUCGGCCCGGACUUUCCCCUGAUGGUCGACUGCUACAUGUCGCUAAACGUGCCCUACACGAUCGAGAUUGCCAAGGCGUGCGAGGACCUAAACAUCAACUGGUGGGAGGAGUGCCUCAGCCCCGACGACACGGACGGCUUCGAGCAGAUCAAGCGCGCCCACCCGACCAUCAAGUUCACCACGGGCGAGCACGAGUACUCGCGGUACGGGUUCCGCAAGCUGAUCGAGGGGAGGAACCUGGACAUCAUCCAGCCAGACGUCAUGUGGCUCGGCGGCAUGACGGAGCUGCUCAGGGUGGCCGCAAUGGCGUCGGCCUAUGAUAUUCCCGUGGUCCCCCACGCGAGCGGGCCGUACAGCUACCACUUUGUCAUCAGCCAGCCCAACACCCCCUUUCAGGAGUACCUGGCCAACUCGCCCGACGGGAAGAGCGUGUUGCCCGUGUUUGGCGAUUUGUUUGUGGACGAGCCUAUCCCCACCAACGGUUUCUUGACGGCGGCUGAUCUGGACAAGCCGGGGUUCGGGCUGACGCUGAACCCGGUUGCGAGGGCGAAGCUGGUUCCGAGUACUUAUCUGCUGGCUAUUCCUACCAAUUCGCUACCCCCACCGGUGUGUGAGGAGAAGAAGGAGGUUAAUGGUGUCAAUGGACGCCACGUGGAGGGGGAGUUGGCUGGGAAGGCCAAGGCUUGACCACCUCACGGCAGAGAGCUACAUGAUUGGAUAGGAGUUUAUC